GCUGCGGCUGAUGAACCGCUCCCUGCUUAUUCUUCAGAGUGAUUUUGGGUUCGUGGGUCUGGCUCCAGGGACUCAGCGCCUCGAUGGGAAUCUGGCCCAGUACGAGGCCUGCAGGCUGGCAGCCAACGACAGCGGCUUCUACCACUUCAAAGUGGGUGACAAGUUCUGGGAGAUGGAUAAGUUUGGGGUGAUAACAGCGACCGGAGACUCUGCUCAGAACUUCACCCUCGAGUUCCACCCCCCCGCCACGCUCACGCUCAGGGGCCCCAACGGGAAGUACGUGGUGGCGGAGCAGAGCGGGGGGCUCAAGGCUGUGGGGGGGGACGCCGGCUCUGCAACACACUUCCACUACUGAGCCACGGAGCGCCAGACAGACAGACAGAGUAUACCAGAGGCAAAGCUUUCCAGCUCCCAGCUGC